AUGACGGAAGAGUAUCUUCACCUUGCACAAACACAGAGCCUGGAGUUAUACUACUACAGGGCAACACUUGACUUUUAUGGAGUUUUCACUCUCUAUUCUUAUCCAAAGACUCCCGGUGGUGGCGAAAGCUGGUCCGUGUUCAAGGCUUGGCCAACGGACAUAUGCGGUACAUUUAUCGGCGCGGCAAGUCAACGUGGAAACAGAUUCGGAAUCGGUCCUUGCGGUUAUAACAGCAUGUGUGAACCCAUCGAUUGGAGGCCUAAUUGUACAUGUCCCCCAGGAUUUUCUUUCUUGGAUGAGAAGAAUCAAUAUGGAGGCUGCAAACAAGAUUAUCCAAACAAACCUGAAGAUUGCAGCCCCGAUGGAUCCACCAUCGGGGAAGAUCGGUUCGAAUUCAAGUCGAUUUCCUUCGCUAAUUUUCCGUUCAGUGACUAUGGAAUAUUGAGACCUGCAACUGAGUUGGAAUGCAAGCAAUCUUGCCUACGUGACUGUUCUUGUGCAGUUGCCAUUUAUCCAACUUCAAGAAUAGAUGGCAAUGCAACUUGUUUUAAAAAGCAAUUACCACUUUUUAAUGGGGUGAGGAACAGAGGUACUCUUGAUAGUACAGUUCUAGUUAAGGUACUUAAGCAGGAUGCAUCGAGGAAGAACCCCGAAACACAGAAUCAAAGCAUAGAAAAUCGAGAUAGAACCGUUUUGAUCCUUGGGGUUCUCUUAGGCACCUCUGCAGUUUUCAGCUUCUUUUCUUUAGCUGCAAUUGCUCUUAUCUUCUUCUGCUUGUUCCGAAAAAGACUUCACGACUUAAGUGGUGUUCCUAACAGAAGAGAUUUAGAGACUAAUCUGAGGUUCUUCACAUACAAAGACCUCGAACAAGCCACGAACGGAUUCAAAGAAGAGCUAGGAAGGGGUGCUUUCGGCACGGUUUAUAAAGGAGAAUCGCAAUCGAGCUACGGAGAUCGUGUUGCAGUCAAGAAACUGGACAAGUUUGCACAAGAUGGCGAAAGGGAAUUCAAAACUGAAGUGAAGGUCAUCGGCCAAACUCACCACAAGAACUUGGUGAGACUGAUUGGAUAUUGUGAUGAAGCUGAGCAUCGACUUCUGGUCUACGAGUUCAUGGAAAACGGUUCGUUGUCGAGCUUCCUUUUCGGAGUCAUAAGGCCUAGUUGGCAACAAAGGCUGCAGAUUGCAUCAGGGAUUGCAAAAGGCCUCACAUACUUGCAUGAAGAAUGCAGCAAACAGAUCAUCCAUUGUGACAUAAAGCCUCAAAACAUACUACUGGACGAGUCGUUCACCGCAAAAAUAUCCGAUUUUGGGUUGGCAAAGCUUCUGAUGAACAACAAAACUCGAACGCAGACCGGCAUACGAGGGACAAAAGGCUAUGUAGCACCUGAAUGGUUCAGAAACACACCGGUUUCGGUUAAGGUCGAUGUUUACAGCUUCGGGGUGAUGUUAUUAGAGAUCAUAUGUUGCAGAAGAUGCGUCGAGGUUGAAAUGGAUGAAGCAGCGAUAUUAACAGAAUGGGUCUUCCGGUGUUAUAGUGAAGGGAAGAUCGGAAAACUGGUCGAAAAUGAUGAAGAAGCUACAAACGAUCUUGGGAAAUUGGAGAUGUUAUUGAAAGUGGCGAUUUGGUGUGCUCAAGAGGAGCCAAUGUUAAGGCCUUCCAUGAGGAUUGUGACCAUGAUGCUUGAAGGUGCUGUCCAUGUUCCUAGUCCACCAUGCCCUUUCCUACUUAAUACAAUGUCGAUGUCGACGACGAUGAUCUAGUUUCGAUGUUAAAUAGGGAUCGAAGAUCAAACUUCGAUCUUCUUUGCUGUAAUACAUGCCUGC